AUGCCGAAAAGAAAAUCGUCCACGACAGAAAACCUCGUGCCCGAGACAGGGCAACGACGUUCUCGUCGGUUGCAAACUUCGGCUGAAAACUCGCGAACGGGACUGCAACAGGAAGUUGAGGUUGACUCAGCGGAGGCUUCGGUGAAGAAGACCGGAGCCAAGAGGGUCACGAAAAAGGAAAACAAAAACACUGAGCCACCGUCUAAGAAACCUCGGGGUGCACCGUUAAAAGAGGGCUCUCCUACGAGUGAUGGUCCACAAGAGCAGGCUAAGGGUAGUGAUGGGAAUGCUCCCACUGAAGGGGGGAGGAACUACUGGCUUCUCAAAGCGGAACCCGAGUCGCGGUUCGAAAAUGGCGUCGACGUCAAGUUCUCCAUCGACGAUUUAGCGGCUAGGACGGAGCCUGAGCCAUGGGACGGUAUUCGCGCCUAUGCCGCCCGCAACAACCUACGGGCUAUGAAGAAGGGCGAGCUUGCCUUCUUCUACCACUCUAACUGCAAAGAGCCAGGCAUCGUGGGCACGAUGGAAAUUGUGAAGGAGCACUCUCCAGACUUAUCCGCCCACGACCCUAAAGCACCGUAUUACGACCCCAAAUCUAAACCCGACGACCCGAAAUGGAGUGUGGUACAUGUCGUAUUCCGCAGCAAAUUUGCCAGCCCCAUUGGGCUGAAGGAGCUCCGCGAGAUGGGUGGUGGACCGGGGAAGCCGUUGGAGAACAUGCAAAUGCUCAAGCAGUCUAGACUGAGUGUGAGCCGAGUGAGUGAAAAGGAGUGGGAGUAUUUAAUCGGUAUUGCGGAGGGGAAGACGGCAUAG